AUCAUCAUACGGCGCCGCCAUCUUUGAGCGGCCAUGUGCGUUUGCGGUUGAAAUCCAAAAAUGGCCGACGGCGAAGAUGCUGCUCCGAGUUCGGACUCGGACUUCGAAGACAUGGACGACAAUGAGGGCGAAGACGACGUUAUGUCGGACGCCGAAGGCCAAGGCGUGGCCGCCCAAGAAGGUGCCGUCGAACGGCGAGUCUACGUUCCUGGGACAACGAACGACGGCGAGGAGCUCGAAUGUGACCAGUCAGCCUACGUCGUCUACCAUCAGGCCACCACGGUGGCACCGUGCCUCAGCUUCGACAUCGUCGGGGACUCCCUCGGGGACAACCGGGCUGAUCGGUUUCCGCUGACGUGUUACUUGGCGGCGGGAACCCAGGCCGAACGCUCGCACCUCAACCACCUGAUCGUGAUGAAGCUCAGCAACAUGGGCCGCAACAAAGAGUCAGCCCGAAAAGAUGCCGGCGACGAGGAAGACAGCUCGGAGAGCGAAGACGAGGAUGCCAAGCCCGAGAUGGAGAGCGCCCUGGUGCCGCAUCAGGGGUGCGUCAAUCGCGUCCGUGUGUCCAAGGUCGGGGACAAGACGAUGGCGGCGACCUGGUCUGAGAACCGCAAGGUGUACCUCUGGGACCUGAGCCACCCGCUGCAUGUGCUGGAGCACCCGUCGGCCAUGUCCAACUACGUGCGGAACCACGAGGCGCCCAAGCCGGCCUUCCAGUUUGCGGGACACCUCGCCGAGGGCUAUGCCGUCGACUGGUCACCCACCAAGCCAGGUGUUUUGGCGACGGGAGACUGCAACAAAAACAUCCACCUGUGGAAGCCCCACGAGAGCACGUGGCACGUAGACCAGCGCGCCUUUACGGGGCACACGGCCUCAGUGGAAGACAUCCAGUGGUCUCCCAGCGAAGCGACGGUGCUUGCAUCGUGUUCGGUGGACCGCUCGAUCCGGAUAUGGGACGUCAGGGCGGCACCCAACAAGGCGUGCAUGCUGACGACGGCAGACGCCCACGAGGCAGACGUCAACGUGAUCAGCUGGAACCGGCUGGAACCGUUCCUGCUGUCCGGUGGAGACGACGGCUCGGUCAAGGUCUGGGACCUGCGCACGUUUCAGAGCGGGAAGCCUGUGGCGACCUUCAAGCACCACCUGGCGCCCAUCACGUCGGUGGAGUGGCACCCGACGGACGGCACGGUGUUCCUGGCGAGCGGCAGCGACGACCAGCUCACGCUCUGGGACCUGGCCGUGGAGAGGGACGGGGACGCGGAGGCGACGGGCGCGUCCGGGGACGCGGAGGAGGACGCGGCGCUGAGGGGUCUGCCGCCGCAGCUCCUCUUCAUCCACCAGGGACAGAAGGAGAUCAAGGAGGGACACUGGCACCCCCAAAUGCCCGGCGUCAUCGUCAGCACGGCCCAGAACGGCUUCAACGUGUUCAGGACUAUCAGCGUCUGAGCGGAUGCGCUCCGGGCGCCGUCCAUCGUGUAGCCCCAGCACACUUCCGGUCCGCGCGUGGGCUUUCUAAUUUUGUUACGCGUCGUUCUUUCUACGUAAAAGGGAGUUACGUCGGCCGGUGCCAUCAACGACCGUCUCCCGAAAGGUGGCGCGUAGGUUUGACCUCGCAAAUACCGCAAACACUACCGCCCCUUUGGGGACCGAAGUGUUUCAGAGGGCUUUUUCACUCCGACGCCACGGCAUCUCAACUCGCGCGAGCGAGGGAAAAUAUGGGUAGAAACGGAGAGAGGAGACGACAGUGUGCAGGAAUUUGUGAGCACGGAGCUCUGGUUGGAUUGAUUAGCAGGCAGAUGCAAAGAUAGCUGAAUUUGGCUCCACUCGCUGUUCGAACGUGAACACCGAUGUUCAUCGUUGAAACGCGUUAAAACAGCGAGCGGGGAGAAAGGCAGCUCGUGUUGAGUCUGCCCCUAAUCAUUCCAACCACGGCCUGGUGCUCGGACGUUGCUGUGCACUUAAAAUCUCCUCCUCUUCCUCAGUGUAUAUCCCUAUACUUCGUCUCACUAAAACGAUGCAGCACAGCUAAGGCUGACGGGCAAGAGAGCGUGUCCCAACGUUUUCAAGAGGAGGGAAAGGAGGAACAGGAGGGAGGCUGGGAUUCCCAGCUUUUCUCACCUGUCUUAGCGAGUGAGUGAGUAUAAGCUUACAGGGCGAUGGAAGCUGUGCACACUCCGGACCAGUCGGCCCGGACCCGCUUUCUGCGCGGGGGUAUGGGCGGAAGAGCGAUCGCGCGACGGGGAAUCGACGAACAUGCAGCUUCUGUCGCCCUGUCUGGUUAGCGUCGGAUGGUGUGUAGAGGUAGACGGUGUUACCGUGGUGGUUGCCACGUUGAAUUCUGACGUGCUGCACAACUUCUCUCCGUACACGUUUGCAAGCAGUCGCGCUUUAAAAGUGCUACUGGCUACUGUCGGAGGAGAACGUUUUGCGGAGACGACGCACUUAGUUUUUGUGUACCACUUGGAUACGAUCGAGCCGAUCUAGAAUCACCGCACUCUUGGCGCAGGUACAGAGUGUAGACAAAAGGGUUGCGAGAGAGGAAUUGCAUUGUUGGGCCCUGGUGCCACGAGUGGAUGUUUUCUGCGCCCUCUUACUCGAAGGGCAUUUGAAUGUAAGAGAUGGAGACAUCUUUUUGGAUCAUUGUUUGUCACACGACCAGAGCGUGCGUACGUGGCUUUUUCACACAUUGGGCGACUUCAGAGUGUUGAAAUGUUUCCUUGCUCCCGCGUCACAGUUUUGGAGUCUGCUUUUGCUCGCAUUAAGAUGGCAUUUGAGACUCGCCACUUGUCGUUUGCCUGUUGUCACACUUCCCACUUCAUACUAGCGUUGAGGAGCUUGUCUGUGGCAGAGAUUAUUUGUCUGCCCCCCCCUCCACCUUCUUCGCACAUACGGCACCCUGUUAUCCAGGAUUUCUGGGUGGGGGAGGGAGCUACAUUGACAAAUGAAUAAAUUAUCUCCAACACA